AUGGACUCGGUGGCGAAACGGACUUUUUCCACAGCGGGAAAGGGGCGCAGCGUUGACUCACAGUCCAAAGACGUACCAAGGACAACAGUCAAAGCAAUUGGACCUUAUGUUCAAUGCAAUAUAUGCGGUAGACUCUGCUCCAGACGUGGACAUAUCAAAUGCGCUGAGUGCAAGGAUUUUCACUCGUGCGUCAAGUGUUUCUGCCAGGGACUCGAAAAACCUAUAGAAGAAGCUCAAGCUAGCUCAUUCGUACAGUUGCCAGACAAUAGUGAGUACGAAGAACACAAAAAUUACCACAAAUACACUCCUGUGGGACCCAAUGACUUCGCUCUCUUCACGGCAGACUGGAGUGCUGAACAAGAAAUCUUGCUCAUCGAUGGGAUCGCCAAGUACGGGCUCGGCAAUUGGCAGGAAAUUAGUGACAUGGUUUCUAUGACAUCUGUCGGAUACAAAUCCUGGGAUGAAUGCCAGCAACAUUACUAUAAUGUGUACCUGAAUUCGCCCACAGCGCCGCUACCGGAUUUAACGAGCGUAAUACAUGGGCCAAACGGUGAACCUGUUCCGGUACCUUGCAAUACCGAAACGCCACCCGAAGAGGAACCCCAAAAUGCGUCACAAAACAAACCGGCUAACAAGCCACAGGUAGUCGGAUAUUGGCCACUGCGUGGAGAUUUCGAUAUCGAAUACGAUAACGACGCGGAGCUCAUAUUGGCAGACAUGGAAUUCAGGGCAGAAGACUCACCCGAACAAAUCGAACUCAAGCUGAAGGUCAUCGAAAUUUAUAAUUCCAAGCUUGACGAACGCAUAUAUCGCAAAAAGAUUAUCAUAUCAAGGGGCCUCCUCGACGCUAAAGCUAUGCAGCAAAAGGAACGCCGAUGCACUUUGGAGGAAAAGGAGCUGUAUAACGUGUUGCGGCCGUUCCUGAGGUUCCAAACGGUAGAGGAACAUGACCACACGGUGCGAUUGCUCGUACGUGAGCGCAAGCUGCGGACACGACUCUUCCAGCUUAUGACGUGGAGGGCAUUGGGGUUGGAAAAGGUUGAAGAUAUAGCCAAAUACGAAGACCGGAUGACGCAUAUAGACUCUUACAAAGACCAAAUGAAGCACGAUGACUCCGGACGUAGAAUCGAACGCAGACUAAGGAACCCACAGAUAGAUCAUGAUAUGAUUCAUCCCAGCACCAAUAAAAUCAAAUUGACAGACUUUUUGGAAGAGAAAGAAGUACAAUUUUGCGAGGCGCUACAGCUACCACCAGUGGCAUACUUCCUCGCGAAACGAGUAAUGCUACAAGAAGUAGCUUGCAAUCCAUCGUAUACCAUAGAUGACAUGUGCAGCGAACUCAAGAUGGACGGUACCAAAAAUGGCCGUAUUUUUGAUCUGCUGUUAACGUUAUCUCCACGUUGCCUGGGCGACGUGACCAGCCAAGUAGCCGACCUAUCAAAGGCCACGCUAGAUGCUAACGGGUACCUCAGCAACAAAGGAGUGGCAUCGCAGAUGGUACUAUUAUCAUCAGGGCAGAAGUACCAUAGAUCGGUACCAAACAGGGUGGCAAACUAUUUCACAUCGAGGGAUCAACACGGUGAACGAUCGCCGAAACACCACAGGCCUAAUUAA